AUGCCAAAGUCACGCCGAAAGCGAACCCGUACACCCAAGGCAGCCUCGCCCGACGAAGGCUGGUAUAGCAUCAAAGACAUAUUGGAUGAGAGAAAGGCCUCGGGCCUUGUAGAGUACCUGGUGGACUGGGAAAACAACAUCGUUACUGGAGAAUCCUACGCCCCAACCUGGGUUCUGAGCCCCGAAGUCACCGACAAGGCCAAGGAGGAGUGGGAAAAGGCAAAGGCAGCUCGUGCCCGGGAGAAGAAGACUUUGGUAGCGUCUGCCGAGACCAGUCAGGAGAGCCAGCCCCCUCGUCCACCAAAUAGGCCCAACGUGGAACGGGCAAAUGCGCGGUCCCUAGUCCACCCAAGGCCAUCCGCCACUCCAAGCUCCGAACGCCCCAAGAAGAAAUCGCGGCUUGCGUACAGCGCAACUCCCUCUGAGGAACCUGUGCCGUCUGUAACCUCAACCGCCUCUCCCGACUCUGAAGCCUUUGAUUCCUCCGCCCGCCAGGACGCGUCUGACGCUCGUCGAGCUCAGCGCCUGGUCGUGGAACUCCCGAAAGACGCCCAGUUCGACCCCUCUGAUUUCGUCAGCGCGGCCGGCACGCAGCCCAGCUUGGACUCAUCCCAAUCCUUGGCCGAACUCGAAGACGGCGACGAGAGGCUCGCGCUUGCCUCACAAAUCAGCCGUCGUACGGUUCCCGACUCACAGGAGCCUUCUGGGCCAACCUGGUCACAGGGUCAAGCGAGCGGUCUGGUGACUACCCCUGGAGAUCUGGGGCCUCAUAUGCAACAGUCAGACGCAACGGGAACGCUGGAGUCGCAACCGUCACAGAUUCCUUCUCGGCAGCCUGAGCAGUCGGCCUCGCCCGGUGGCCAGCGCCAGCAUCUUGGUGCCGCUGCCAUAUCGAAAUCUUUACUGGACACGAGCGACUCGUCGUACCACCCCCCCAUCCCGCACGCGUUCAAUCUCCCUGAGAGUUCGUUGCACAGCCAAGCAUCAGCGUCGUCCAGCCACGCCCUGAUACCAGCUACUGCGACUGACAAGUCUCAGCCCUCCACUGAUAGCUGUCCGCAAGCCGAGCGGGUCGGCGCACUCUCGCAGGACGCCCAGGUGGUGUCUCGCGACGAAUUCGUAUCGCAAGUAAACGCCUUCUCCAGGAGCGACAGCACCGUUCAAGAGUCCCCUGAGAAGUCGGAUCCUUCUGUGACUUCUUCCGGACAACCCAACAAGACUAACUCCAGAUCCUCGCCGCAGAAGCCCCCCGCGACCAAAGGAAUGAAUGCGGCGGAGGCGGGCAACUCGACGCCACCAGGGAGGCGGAUGUUGGCAGCCGAAGAAUUGAGCCAGCUAUUCGACCUCGACAACUCGAUGGACAUGUCAGAACCAGACCCCACAGCUUCACUCCUGGAGCAGCGGCUCGAUAUGCCUUUAGGAAGUGUGCACCCUGCUUCGGCCACCCAGCCCCGGCCAUCCUCCGUGCAGUCCUUACAGAAACUUGUAGAUGCAGCUUUCAGCAACCCGAUUGGUGCACCGUCCGGGACGUUGAUGCCGAGUGACGCUUCGCACGCACAACAGCCGACGGUGUCGCCUGCCGACGUCUCCAAACAGACGGAAGCAGAAAAGGCAGCGCUGACGUCGAUGCCUUCACUACCUUCGCAGGGACUUGUAACGCCCAGUCUCCUCGACAGUUCCAGAGAUUCUUUGCAGGCGGCCCAGGCACUGCGCGAGGAAUCCUCGAGCGAAACUUCGAGCGAUGUGGCCCCCCAUUUUGGCCAGAUGGAACACGUUGUCACCCUGCCCUUUCAGGCGAGUCUCAGGCCGUAUUACGAUGACACUCUCCUCAAGUCUAGGCAAGACGUGACUGAGUUCUCGCAAAUAUUCAACAACGAGAUAUACGUCGCACCCAACGAGGCUCUUGUGAGCAGGAUCGACCAACUUUUCGGUCGGCUGAGUAACGUUUGCGAUUAUCCUCCAGAUGUCGUCGGCACGGUCUUGGCGGACCUACCACCCUCGCAACUGGCCAAAUACGCAUGCAAUUCCAAUUCCAAGUUCAACUUCGUCUUCGAACUCCUACAGGGCUUGUAUAAAGAUACCAAGAUCCUCAUCGUUGCCCGCUCCGUCGAACUGCUUCGGCUCCUCGACCACUUGGCAGAGGCCGCACAUGUGGAAUGCACCUGCGAGGCCAUUGGGAAGCGGACGAGCAGCUAUUCAAAGUCGGCAGCUCAGGUCACCCUUACCUUGCCCGGCGAGGACGUCAAAGUACUCGACUUUGACGUAGUGAUUGGCUUUGAUCGGUCCUUUGCCACAUCGCGUGUAUUCAGCGGACUUCGAUCCGUCACCAAGACCGCAGAUGCCAAGAGGCCCCGACUGCUGACCCUUGUGACGACGCACUCGAUCGAACAUAUUGAUCUGCACGUGCCUGAUGAUAUGAGUCACCUUGAGCGAAAGAGCGCGCUCCUUCUUGGCAUUGCGCGUGCGCGGAAGCUGGUCAGUGAUCCCGAGCGGGGAUACCCUGAACCCCACGAGCUCGCCGGCGUAUUCGUCGAUUAUCUCAAUGGCAAAUCGGACGCCAUCAUCUCGGAGCCAGUGCCCUUGCCAGACGAGGUCUUGGACAUUUACUUGGGCACUCAGUCCCAGCCGCAAAUGCCCCUCGUAUCCUUGACUGAGCCGGAUGGGCGUAAGCGGAAACUCGAUGAAGACAGCGACGACCACGUCAAGAAGACGCGAGUCCUACCCCCGAGAGAAUUGGCAGUCGAGGAGACCGAACCACCAGUGCCCGAUGACGUUCAAGCGAUGCUCAAGGGCGUCGGUGCUGCCAAGAUGCCCACCAAGCCUGGUCAGACGCAUGUGAGAGUGCCUUUGGCUGUCCUGCAAGCGCUUGCGGAAAAGUUUGCCGAACACGAGCACCAAAUCGCAGCCAAAGACACCGAGGCAGAGUACCGAGCUGUCAUAUCUGGACUUGAGAAGCGUGUUGAGGAGUACGAGAGAACAACUAACAUGAUUUACAAGUCUCACCGCAAGGCAUUGGAAGAUCGCUCAAGAUUUGAAGCUGAGAAACGCAAGUCUGAGGCUGCGCUUCAAGCCGCAGCGGAGUCGGCGCAGAAGGAGAGCGACAAAGCGCAGAAGAAGAUCGUUGAGUUUGAGGCAGAAGUCGCACGGUUGACGGCGGACCCCAAUGGGCAGGAGGAGAGUCCCCUGGCCCAAACGAACAAACACCUCAAGGAGACUAGAGAGAGAGUCCAGAUGCUCGAGAAGCGACUCGAGAAUGCCCACAAGGAUGGCGAGUAUGUUCGAAAACUGUAUCAGGAAGCGUCUUCGUCUGCCGGCGCUGCGCGGGCGGAGAACGCGGAGCUCAAGGAUCAGAACCAAAGGUGGCGGAAAGAGACAUCUGAUGGCCUGGUGAAGAUUCACCAGAUUCAAGCGGAGAACAGCACGCGAGAGUUUAUACAGCAAAUCCGCGAGCUCAAGGCGCAGGCCAAGGAAAGGGAGUUGGAGCUCGACCGCGUCCGCGAGGACCUACGGCAGCUCAGAAACGGGCGACGGGAGACUCGCCAAGUCAGCGUGCCGCGUAGUCCGCGUACGGGCAUGAUGAGUCCCCGAACCGGCCGAGCGUACGGCAGUUCCGCUAGCAGAGGAACGAGCCCGGCGCUGGCAUCGAGCUCGGAUGGCGCGGCUCUGCCGUCGGGGAAUGGACGGUGGGCCCAUCUCAGGGAUUAG